AUGGGUCUCGACUACAAAGUCUUCACCAGCAGACGUUCCGGCGUGAAUCGGUCCAUACCAGCUGGUCAUGAUCACCUUAAGUGGGUGCCAUCCACUUCAACCUUGAUAUUUGGCCAAAGAGAUGCGGUGCUAGUUGAUACCCAGUUAACCAUGGCUGCUGCGAAAGACUUGGUAGACUGGGUAGUAGCCACUGGGAAAAACCUCACGACAAUUUAUGUCUCCCAUGCCCACGGCGAUCAUUUCUAUGGUACUGGUGCCCUCCUCGAGAAAUUCCCGGAGGCAAAGGUCGUGGCUACGCCAGAGACUGUCUCUGGGAUGGCUAAAGCUAUAUCUCCUGAAGGCAUGGACGCAUUUUGGAGAAAUCUCUUCCCUGGACAGAUCCCAGAAAAGCUCGUAAUAGCCACUCCCCUUGAGCAAGAUCACUGGAUGCUGGAAAAUGAGCGAUUGGAAGUGGUUAGACUGGGUCAUACAGACACAGAUGAUACAACAGCCCUCUGGGUGCCUGUAAUUGGCUUGGUUGUUGCAGGCGAUGCAGUCUACAACAACACCCACCCAUACCUUGGGGAAUCGAAGUCCCAAGAGGCCAGAUCGCGAUGGGUGGCAGCACUCAAUAAGAUUGCGGCACUUAAACCAAGAAUUGUCGUUGGCGGUCAUAGUGAUCCAUCUAAAGGAUUCUCCCCUGAUGCCGUCCAAGCGACCAAGGAUUAUUUGAAUGACUUUGCGCGACUGGAUGGACAAACAUCUACACCCGAGGAAUUAUAUUCCCAAAUGAUGGAAUUGCAUCCUACUAGAUUGAAUAUUGGCUCGCUAUGGGGAGGUGCAACGCUCGUGAAGAAAUAA